AUGCCUGACCCUAAGGAAUACACCGUCGGCUGGAUCUGCGCCAAAAGUACGGAGCACGUUGCCGCGCAGGCUUUUCUUGACGAGAAGCAUGAAGGACCAGAAUAUGUGUCACCUAAUGACAAUAAUGAUUACACCUUAGGCAAGAUUGGAAAACAUAAUGUCGUCAUUGCCGUCUUUCCCGACGGGGAGUACGGUAUAUCUUCCGCAACAAGCGUCGCAAAAGAUAUGCUGCACAGCUUUCCUAACGUCAGAAUCGGUCUGAUGGUCGGCGUCGGCGGCGGUGCACCAAGUCCAAAGCAUGACAUCCGUCUGGGAGAUAUUGUGGUCAGCGCUCCUCGCGAUGGGAAGGGUGGCGUGUUUCAGUAUGACUUUGGCAAAACCAUACAACAUCAGAACUUUCGACCAACAGGAUUCCUGAACCAGGCACCAGUAGCCUUGCGGGCGGCGGUGAAUGGCCUCAAAAGCCAGUAUGAGAGCGAAGGGCAUCAGCUUGAGGAAGCUAUCAACGGUAUUCUAGAGAAGAAACCAAGACUGCGGAAGAAGUACAAGCGGCCGGACCCAGGUAGCGAUAAGCUAUAUCGAAGCGGAUUCGUCCACACUCUGGACAACGAAGCAAGUUGUGCAGUAGUCUGUGGAGAUGAUCCAUCAGACUUGAUAUUGCGGCACGAACGGACGGAGGGCGAGGAUAAUCCGGCAAUUCACUAUGGCCUGAUUGCUUCGGCAAACCAGUUGAUGAAGGACGCUUCGAUUCGGGAUAGACUUGCUGCGGAGAAGGACGUUCUGUGCUUUGAGAUGGAAGCGGCGGGGCUGAUGAACCACUUUCCCUGUCUGGUGAUUCGCGGUAUAUGCAACUACGCGGACUCCCAUAAGAAUAAGGACUGGGAAGGGUAUGCCGCCAUGACGGCGGCUGCAUAUGCGAAAGAUCUCCUUUAUCGAAUUGCCCCGAACAGGGUUGAAGCUGAGAAGAGGAUCACUGAAAUUCUUCCUGUUGUCCUAGACACUGUAUCCAGAGCAGGAGCAAACGUUGAAGCGAUGAGUUCAAGGUUGACUAGAAAAGAAGACCUUGAGAUACUGAACUGGCUGGCUCGAACGGACUAUGGCCUUCGGCAGAGUGACUAUAUCAAGAGGCGGCAGGCAGGAACUGGCCAAUGGCUUCUGGAAUCCGCCGAAUACCAGGACUGGCUAAAUUCUGACAAGCAUACGCUUUUCUGUCCAGGCAUUCCUGGAGCUGGGAAGACGAUUCUUACCGCGGUCGUGAUUAACGACCUCACGAUGCGUCGCUUUAGUAACCAAACCAUUGGUCUUGCAUACAUCUACUGCAAUUUCCGGUGGAAAGACGAGCAGAAGGCUGAAGACUUACUAGCGAGUAUACUCAAACAACUAGCCCGGUGUCAAUCUUCUCUACCGGAAAGCGUGAAAAAACUUUACAAACAACAUGAGAAUAGACGGACACGGCCGUCACUAGACGAAUUGUCGAGAACUCUCCAAUUUGUAGCGGCAGCAUAUUCAAGAGUCUUCUUUGUCGUCGACGCACUUGACGAAUGCCAGGCAUCGGAUGACUGCCGAGAGGUGUUUUUGUCCCAGCUUUUUGACCUUCAGAAGAAGUGCCUAGUAAACAUCUUUGCCACCGCUAGGCCAAUACCAGAAAUUACCGAGAAAUUCAACGGUACCACCUUAGAGAUUCGUGCUCAUGAAAGUGAUAUGCGAAGAUAUUUGGAAGGCCGCAUUUCAUAA